CAAAGAUUCCCCGUCUAGCUUAAACAAGAAGAAAAGAGUAUUUACAGUGGUACUUUUAACUGCUUCUGUUGUGCUACUUUUAUUUAUGGUGGCAUAUGCUUGUAUAAAGAAACGAAAAAGGCUUCAUAUAAAAGAAAGAGAAGAUAGGUAUGCCCUUGAUAAAAAGGAUAACAAUGUGCGGAUGGAAGAUCUUGACGAGCUACCUUUACUUAGUCUAAAUAAAAUAGUCAAGGCUACAGAUAACUUUAACAUCAACAAAAAAAUUGGAGAAGGUGGAUUUGGUCCAGUUUACAAGGGUGUGUUGGAAGACGGACGAGAGGUAGCUGUGAAGAGGCUCUCAGAAACAUCCCAGCAAGGGAUUGAAGAAUUCAAGAAUGAAAUCAUUUGUAUUGCCAAACUUCAGCAUCGCAAUCUUGUGAAGCUUCUUGGAUACUGCAAUCACAGAAAUGAACUGAUUUUAGUUUAUGAAUACAUGACAAACAAAAGCUUAGACUUAUAUCUAUUUGAUGAAACCAGGAGCUCGAUGCUUGACUGGCCACAACGAUUUAAUAUUAUACAAGGGAUGGCUCGAGGUAUUCUAUAUCUACAUCAAGAUUCCCGCCUUCAAAUCAUCCACAGAGAUCUUAAGGCAGGUAAUAUUCUUUUGGAUGGAGACAUGAACCCCAAAAUCUCCGACUUCGGCCUUGCUAGAAAGUUUGUAGGACCCGACACUGCCACUAAGACAAAAAAAGUAGUGGGAACAUAUGGUUAUAUUUCUCCAGAAUACGCUAUACAUGGAAGAUUUUCUAUAAAGUCUGAUGUAUAUAGUUUUGGAGUUUUGGUGUUGGAGAUCGUGAGUGGUAAGAAAAACAGAGAAUUCUGUCAUGAUGAUCGCAAUGACAACCUUCUUGGACAUGCAUGGAGACUUUAUAAACAAGGCAGAUCCAUUGAACUUUUGAGUGCAUCUUUAUGUGCCUCUUGCGUCAUCCUUGAAGUACUAAGAUCAAUACAUGUUGCAUUAUUAUGUGUGCAAAAUCAUGCAAAAGAUAGGCCCACUAUGUUAUCAGUGGUUUUAAUGCUGGUCAGCGAGAGUGUGUUACCUCAACCUAAACAUCCCGCUUUCUACUCUGAAGAGACCAGUAGUGAACUUGAGUCUGUUUCAUCAGUUGAUGGUUCCCUGAUAACACAUUUAUACGCCCGAUAGCAAACAAGUGAUGCUAUCAGAUGUACAUGAAUCUGUAACAUAUUCUAGGCACUUGUUGUAGUGGAUGUAGCAAGAACAUUUUUUAGCAGCAGUGUCAAAA